AUGGUACGCAACCGUCAUAGGAGACGUAUGUUUCUAGAUCGUACUUUUGCUAGACAUGAGACUCGGUUAAAAUAUUUGGAUAGUUUGAUUGGUGAAAGUGACAUAGCAUGUGUGAAUGAUCUAAGAAUGAAUAGGAGAACAUUUGGAGUAUUAUGUGAAUUGCUCCAUACUGAUGGAAGGGUGAAAAGAAAUGGUUCGGUCACAAUUGAGGAACAAGUGUGUAUGUUUGUUCAUACACUUGCUCAUCAUGUAAAAAAUCGUACAUUAAACGCUAGAUUUAAGCGAUCGGGAGAAACCAUUAGUAGACAUUUUAAUUCAAUUUUACAUGGGGUUUUAAGGUUACAAGAAAACUUAUUAGUUUCUCAAGAUCCUGUACCUGCCAAUUGCAUUGAUAGUCGAUGGAGAUGGUUUGAAAAUUGUCUAGGAGCAUUAGAUGGUACUUACAUUGAGGUACGAGUGUCUGAAGUUGACAAACCAAGGUAUCGAACAAGAAAAGGUUAUUAUUAUUUGGUGGAUGGUGGAUAUACUAACGGUGAAGGAUUCUUAGCACCUUAUAGAGGAGUUGCGUACCAUUUAUCUGAGUGGGGUAGAAACGUCCCUAGAAAUCAUGAGGAGUACUUUAAUAUGAAACAUGCAUCUGCAAGAAAUGUCAUUGAGAGAUGUUUUGGAUUGCUUAAGAUUAGAUGGUCAAUCUUGAGGAGCACGUCAUUUUUUCCAAUAACAACACAAUGCCGAAUAAUUACAGCGUGUUGUAUUUUGCAUAAUUUGAUUCGGCGAGAAAUGUCUCUAGAUCCAGCAGAAAUUGAGCUUGAUAGACAAGUGGAUACUGCAGAAGAUACUCAUCAGACAAUUAAUGAAGAUCAUGAAAUAAUUGAUACUGUUGAAGCCUCAACUCAAUGGACUGAAUGGAGAAACACUUUAGCUAUGCAAAUGUAUAAUGAAUGGAGGCUACAUAGAGGACUUUAA